CAACAAGAUAAACCCGUCCAAAUAUGAUUUGAGAUGACGCGGCCUCGUGUGUUAUAGAGCUUAUAACUAGGCGUGCAUGUAAGUGUCUAAGUUUCUAGACCUGCACAAGCCGACAUUCACAACACAGAAUACACGCCACACCGCAGACAUGUUCGACUUUGACGACGCUCGCAAGAAGCAUGAUGAGGCCUACGAAGGCGGCCACAAGGGCCACUUGUCCCACGAAGUCGUGGCUGGGGGUGUUGCCUUCGAGGCGAUGAAGAAGUGGGAGGAUCACCAGAGAGCCGAGGGCAAGCCCGUCUCGCAUGGCUUCGCCAAGGAAGCCUUGACGAGCUUCACCGGUGCGGAAAUGGACAAGUGGGCAGAGUCCAAGGGCAUGAACCACGUCGACAAGGAGAAGGCCAAGCACAGCGCAAAGCAUCAGGCGCAGGACCUGUACGAUCAGCAGUACGGCGGCCAAGAUGCCUACGACCCGUCAGUCCAAGCCUACUGGCACAUUGACGAUUGCUAAUCAGAUUAGGAAUGCAUCGCGUCGUCACCACUCGAUGGACUACUGACGUUUGAGACGGACCUGUAGCUUGUCAGACAGAUACACAGUAGGUGUCUGUUAGCUUAAGUUGAAUGUUGUCGCGCCUUGAAUAGACCUACUAUGCCCGCCAGUGAGACAUGAUUGACUCGACAGUGCAUUGAGCACGGGUCUGAUCCGCCGC